ACGCGGUUUGUUACUUUGUGGUUGCUCCCAAUAGUGACAAGCCACUGAACUAGAAUGCCGACGCCCUCUGAGACAUCGACCCGCUCACGUUUGUCGUUGUCGCGCACGACAUCAAACUCAACUACUACGCGUAUUUCCCCUAAGACGCGUGCACUGUCGAUCACAAGUGAUGCGAGCGGUUGCACGACUGUGAAGCCCACUAAACCAAUUUCGAAUUUGAAUUCCACCUCAAACAUGCUCUCCACGACGCCGACGCUCUUGAAGCGUUCUGGCACAGGUCCGCCAAGUGCUUUCCCGCGUUCUUUGUAUGCUUCCACUAGCAGCACUACAGACUCGAAUGGAAAUCGAGACGCAGUGUCAUCAACCCCGUCUCGAGCACGCGUCGUUUCAGAAACAUCUGCCCUAACUCCAUCACGUCAACACCGUGCUUCAGUCAACCUCGCCUCUCCCAAACCUGCUAUAAACUUCACAUCUCCAAGUCCCGCAAAGCACAAGAACAAUCCUUCAUCCGCGUCAGUCCGCGUGCGUACCACAAGCUCUGCUACUUCCAAUUCUGCAUCAGUAUUUGGAAGCGGUGAAACAGUUUCUAUGACCAGGACUGUCUCCAUGGAGAGUACUCCUACCACUGUACCCCCGUCUUCUGCGCCUAAGCCCCAUUCAAGCAACACACCCUCAAAACCAAACCCUUCAAUAAACACACCUUCAUCCAUCACACCUUCCAAGUCCUCUCCUCUCGCUCGCACCCAGCUACAGCGCACACCAUCAGGGACAUCCAAUAUGACACGGUCCCCUGGAACAAAAAAUAUGCACUCUCCGAGUCCAAAAGUCCGUUCUCCUGGCUCAAACUUCAUGGGUAAAGAGCCCGUCGCGUUGCUGUCCGAAUCCCUCGCCUCAAAAAGAGCUGUGACUGCGAGCGCCAUGGGCGGGACUAGAGUAGGGAGCGUCUUCAGCGAUGGUACCGGGAGUAUCAUCGGAGGUCCAAGACGCGUGAACGGACGCGUCAUGAACGGUGCCGUGAUCAAUUUGAAUGAUGACACGGGUCUGGAGGAUAUCUGGGAUCAUGAGGAUGAUGGGAUGACGUUUGAUAUGAUUACGGAUGUGGAUGGGGAAGGUGAUGAAGAGCUCGACCAAGCCCUCACCCAAAUCCGUACACUCCAUACCUCCAAACUCCUUGCCUACAAGCGUCUCCUCGAACGUGCGCACGCAAGUAGCGCGGCGCAGGUUUAUCAUCUUCAAGCUCAACUCGCAGAAUUGCGUUCUCAGUCUCAGUCUCAGGCCCAAGGGUCUUUGCAACUGGAGGGGGGCGAGUAUUGUGUAUGUGGUGGACGGAAGAGGGGGUAUUGGGACGCGGUUAGUUGGGGGGAUGGGGAUGAGACCGCAGAGGGUGGUGAUUUGGUAGAUGCUAUGAAGAAACUUGAUGAGAGGGAUGUUAGGAGGGCUAUGAGGGGGUUGGGGAGGGAGGGGCGGGGGAGGAUUAUCCAGAUCAUACUCGAAUCAACCCUCCCAGGCGACAUCCCCCUCCAAAUCCUCCUCCUCCAAAAAUACCUCAAAAGCUCAUUCGAUAUCAUCGGUUUCCUUGCUCCUGGGAUCGCCCUUCAAAUCUUGAGCAAGUUGAGCGUGAAAGAGGUUGUUAAGGCUGGGCUGGUCUCAAAAAAAUGGUAUACUGCAACUCGUCAUCCUACAUUGUGGAGAUGGCAUUGUCUGCGCUUAACUGCCAAUGAUCCGGUCCGUGUGAGGGCACCGGCGAAGCCUGAGGGAUGGUACCCUCUCUACCGCUCCCUCCACCACCGCGAGUCUAAUUUUGCGCAUGCGCUUCCGCAGAGCAUACGCUUUUUGAAUGGACAUACAAAUUUCUGUACGACGUUGUUGUUGAGAGGCAAGCGCCUCAUUUCAGGUUCCUAUGAUGAAACCAUCCGUUUCUGGGACAUCGACACCGGCGAGAUGAAAAAGUGCCUGCAGGUGAAGAAGCCUGUGAGCUGCGUGGAUUUCUUGGCGGAGGAAGAGGUUUUCGUCGUUGGGUUUCAUGAUGUUGGCCGUGUUCACCUUUUUUCCUCCGUCACAUUCACGCCUCUUCAACAACUUGCCGGACACCUCAAUGGUAUCCGCGCCGUUGCGCUUUCCUCCAAGAAUCUUGUCAGCGCAGGCGCUGACAAGGCUCUCGUGUGUUGGGAUUGGCGUGCCGGGACGAAGAUCGUGAGGUUUGGACAGCAGACAACAAUCAAUAUCGGUGUGCAGAUCGUCCAAGGGGGCACAGAGGCGGAGGGAGAGCGUGUGGUGGGCGUGACUAUCGAUGGCAUCGUUCGGGUUUUCUCGAUUAAGAGGAGAGAAAUGAUCUCGCAGUUCAAGCUCAGCGAACUCGGUGGUAGCGACCCUGUGUUGCAUGCGAAGCUGUUUAAUGUGGGCUCUGCGCCUAAUAAUAUGUUGCAGUGGUUCGCGGCUAAAGGCUCGCAGAUGACUUGUGCGACUAAAUCUGUGAUCUUGCAUCUGCAAUGGACCGAAGGCGAAGACGAGAAGACCCCUGCCGAGACGACUACGAUGAGCCCUACGUUCACUGGAAGGACUCUUACCUCACCUACACCCUCUUCCCUUAACCCGAGAUCACGCGCCGUCUCAUCCCUUAUACGGCCCACGCAGAUGUCUACUCCCCAGCGCAGACAGUCUGCACUCGGGGUGAGUACAUCGGGCUUACCCAAAUCGCGACUUUCGCUUGGGACACCUUCCACGCCUCUCUCCUCCAAUCUCAGCGCAUCUCAGCACUCAGGUGUAUCACCAUCCCCGCUCUCCCUACUUCCUCGAUCUGGCACUCCGCUGUCCCCGAUGGGUGCACCGUUAUCCCCUAUGGGUGCGGCGGGUGCAGAUGGGUUUGCGAUUCGGUUCGGGCGGGCGGCAAUUCUGACUGCACCUCCCAAGCUCGUUGCGCUCGUGGAGACGCCUGAUGUUGCUGUUGGGGCAGUAGAUCCUAGGAAGAGAAGGGUGGUUACUGCUACGAGGUUUAGUUCGCGAGCGGGGGCUGAUCGAAGGGUUCUGAUGUCGACGCAUAAAGACAAGGACAAGGUUGAUGUCCUUGAUGGUCCACUCGAUGAAGACACGGGGCCUACAACGGAUCAUGCAAAUCCGAUGUUCUCGUCCCCAACGCCGAGCGUUGAUAUAGAUGCAAAUAUCAUCCCUUUGUCGGGUGCAUGGGCGGCGCUUGCUCAUGCCACGCCUGAGGGCGUGAAAGGUCUUCUAGGUCCGUUGCCGCCCAAGUUUACGGGCUUGGCGGUGCCAGAGAAGAAUCCGAUGUCGAUGCAGCUCACGCAUGAGGAGGUAGUAGUGGGGUGCGCGGAUGGGACAAUUUACGUGAUGAAUUUCGUGGGGCAUGAGUAUAUGAAGGAGAGGUCUAAGACGGAGGAAGGGAUCGAGGAGGAGGAGGAGAGCAGUGACGAGGGAGAUGCAUCUGUGGAUAGGAGUUUGAUUUUUGGGGCUUGAAGGUCAUCGAAGAUUCAUGCAACCACACCAAAAGGACGGGCACCAAUACCACACCGAACAACUAGCAAAGGAAUACCAACUACUACCGCACUGGAUGGAACGCAUGGACUAGAGCAUUCAACAAUUUCGACAGGACAACUACCACCUACGCAGCACACUCGUUUUAUACCAUUAAUGAUUCGUUUAUUUAGAUUAUCGUUAGUUAGAAGUAGAGACAAAUAGCUCUUUAUAUGUGGCUCGUAUCAAUUAUCUUGCUUUGCGUCCUGGGACAGUCAAUAUUGACCUUUAAGAAAC